AUGUUGGGAGCGAUAGAGGCUUGGAAGCGACGGGUUGAGACGCAUCAUGCGCAGUCGGAGGCGGUGAUGGCUGCGGCUUCGUGGUCGGAUGAUGACUUCUGGCAGCCAUACGCGCGGUACUUUCGGGUGGACCCGCGGCGGCAGGAUGACCCUGUGCUCGACCUGCUGAUGUCUAUGGUGGAGCCGGGCAGCACGGCGCUUGAUGUGGGAGGCGGCGCGGGCCGGAUGGCUUUGCCGAUGGCACUGAAGUGCGAGCAUGUUGCUGUCGUCGAGCCUUCGGACAGCAUGAUAACGCAGCUUCGAGAGUCGUCAUCGGAGGCGCGUAUCGGCAAUGUGUCGGUUACGCAGGCCGUGUGGGAGGAUGCGCGGGUUGAGGAGGCGGAUAUUGUGCUGUGCGCUCAUGUGGUUUACGGGGUGGCGGACAUCGAGCCGUUUAUCCGGAAAUUGGACGGGCACGCAAGCUCGCUUGUGGUGAUACUGGCGUUCGUGGAAUCGCCGAUGACGCGUAUUUCUCGUUUCUGGAAGCCCGUUCAUGGCGAAGAGCGCAUUGAUAUGCCUGCGUUGCCGGAGUUGGUCAGCGCGCUGUGGGAGAUGGGCAUAUAUCCAGAUGUGCAGAUGAUGGGGCCUGUGAUGCCGGACAAGUUUGAGGACCGAGAAGUGGCGCUUACGCAGCUGCGGAAUCGGCUAUAUGUGCGGGCUGGAAGUGAGGAGGAAAUUCGGCUUAAAUCAGCGAUGGACGAACUGCUGCUGGAUGUGGAUGGUGGUGUGAUGGUGAAGGGUGUUGCGCAGGUUCGGCAGGGGUUCUUGACCUGGAAGCCAGAACGAGGCUAG